AUGGAGGCGGAGGAGGUAUCUUUGGGUUUUAUGGAAGCAGAGCGAAGGGCACCUCGUUGGUUUUUCCCAUCAAAAGUUGGGGGUCUGCCGCAUUGGCAUGCGUUGCCUCCUCCUCAAGAUUUGUUUUGCGGUGUCUGUACACCUCAAGUGCCUCUGACGCUGCUGGUGCAGCUGUACGCGCCUGUGGAAGAUGCACCUCCGACUUCUUUUCACCGCUGCAUUUAUAUAUUUUGUUGUUUUUCUUGUGGCUCACAUUUCCGUGCGGUGUCUGUACACCUCCCAAGAAUAAACAACGAAUAUCCUGACUGUGCAAUAUCGACUUUCUUUCAAUCGAAGAAGGAAUUCUGGUCCAUCUGGAGGGAGCAGGAACAACAACAGCAACAGAAGGACGGAGAUGUGGAGAGGAAUGAUGGCAACAGCAGCAGCGCUGAUACAUCUCCGUCAGCAGCAGAAGCAGCAGCCUCUCAGAAGCAGCAGGAGCAGCAGCAGCAGAUAAUUGAUGCUAAUGCACAGGUAGAUGUAGUAAAGAAGCUGCAGCAGGGGGAAGAAAGUCGAAGGGUUUGCUGCUGCCCUAUGUGCGGCCUAGCAGGCGGAGAGACAGUUAGAGACACCGAGCUUGCUGCAGCUGCUGAGCUGCUGCAGCAGCAGCUGAUGCGCGAAGAACGGAGACUGCAGGUUCUGCUUCUGCAGCAGCGGCAGGAGACAGAAGCAGCAGGAGCAGAUGAGGAGACAGAUACAGCAGCCUUGCAAGACCUCGACGAGACCGACUUCGAGAAUGAAGACACAGAGGAAGAUCAAAGGGGACUCUUUACCCUAGAUACCGCUAACAUACAAGCUGUUCGCGUGUUGCAUCCUCGAUGCUUGAAGCGCCUAAAAUUUGGAUCUGUUUUUGUGUCUCUUCCUGAGUUCCCUCUUGCUGCGGAGACAGAAGAACGGAGGUGUACAGACACCGCAGCUCAGGAGACACUUGAGAGCGCCCUGCGCAGAUUAGGACUGCAACGGGACAGCAACAAGCCACUUUCCCAUGAAGAAGAACUCCUUAAAAGAUACCAACAAACUAUAGCAGAAACACCUGAGGCAGAUCUAGAUGCUUCAGAGAUGGACGCUUUUGAAGAACUUCAUCUUGAGCACAGUUCACAAGACGCUCAGCUAGAGGUGUUUAUUAAACGGUGCAAAGAACAACCCCACCAAAGGGGACAUGUGCUGCGCUAUGCCUACAAAGGGAAACCUCUUUGGCCCUUCUCUGCACAGCAACUCAAAGAGGCAGAUGUCCCCCCGUGUGCCUGCGGGGCAAAGAGACACUUUGAAUUUCAAGUGCAGCCUCAGCUGCUGUCCAAGCUAGUGGAGCACGUGGGGUCGAACGAUCCCGCAGCAGUUGCAGCUUUAGAGCGUCUCUCUUUUGGGUUGUUAGCUGUCUACACUUGUUCGUCUCACUGCAGUGAGGUAUCUCCUCAGCUGUCUCCUCAGUCGCUGUAUACGUAUAUAGAAGAAUUUGUGUAUGCACAGCCGGACCCUUUCUACGGCUAA